AUGCAUUCUUGUAACAUGAUCCAGCUACUGAUUGCAGCUUUGUGCUGCACAAUAGCAUCCGCAACACAAUGCCCAUCGGGUCCACCCUCGACCAACACCACAUCUGGUGGCAUGGUAUACACAUACCCGUAUCCGAUCCGCUAUGCACAACUGCAAACCCAGCAUCAAAGCCUCUGUCAGGCGUACAUGGACGUCUCUCCUCCCUCGACAGCAAAUACAUCGUACAGUGGCCCACAACGCACCGUGGUGCUCCUGCACGGCAAGAACUUCUGCGGCGCAACAUGGAACGCAACCGCCGAAGUGCUGCUAUCUCAAGGCUAUCGCGUCGUCCUACCAGACCAAAUCGGAUUCUGCAAAUCCGACAAGCCAGACGCAUACCAAUUUUCGCUGCAGCAGUUCGCGCUGAAUACGAAAACCAUCCUUAACAGCUUGAAUUUGACGUCUGUCUACGUUCUGGGCCAUUCUAUGGGCGGGAUGCUUGCGACACGUUUCUCGCUCAUGUACCCAGAUUUGGUGGCAGGACUCAUGCUCGUCAAUCCCAUUGGACUCGAGGAUUGGAAGGCCAAAGGCGUCCCCUACUUGUCCAUCGACAAUAUCUACACGACGGAGCGUGCAUCGAAUUAUUCCUCGAUCCGUGGCUACGAGCAGGCCACCUACUAUGUCAAUUCAUGGAAGCCAGCUUAUGAUGUCUGGGUGAACAUGCUACUUGCAGUGUACAACGGCAGCCGUGCGGAGAUCUAUGCUUUUGAUCAGGCGUUGGUCACGGACAUGGUGAUGACGCAGCCCAUAGCGUAUGAGUUUGGAGGUCUUGCAAAUACACCGACGCUCUUGAUGAUCGGGGAGAAGGAUAAUACGGCUAUUGGCAAGCAAUGGAGUCCCCCUGCGGUAGCGGCCAAGCUGGGAAAUUACACGGCAUUGGGUAGAGCGACAGCGGAUGCGAUCGGGGAGAACUGUACAUAUGUGCCAUUUGCGGAUCUGGGACAUGCACCGCAGAUUCAAGAGCCAGAUAGGUUUCAUGAUGCGGUGCUGCAGUGGCUGGGAAAUCAUUAG